UAGCAAGUUACACAAUAUGGCUUUGCAUCUUUCUUUUGACUUGGUCUGCUCCCUCAAAACACUGCCUCAUCACACAAUUUUUUUUCUCUUAACAGAUUUGGGUCCAAGUGCUGUAUAUAGGGACAGUGAGAGAUAUGUCAAAAGAGAUUCAGCUGCCAGGUUUCAGAUUCCAUCCAACUGAGGAAGAGCUUCUUGAUUUCUACCUCAAGAACAUGGUUUACGGGAAAAGAUGUAAAGUGGAAGUAAUUGGUUUUCUCAACAUUUAUCGUCAUGAUCCAUGGGACUUACCUCGUUUAUCAACAAUUGGGGAGAGGGAAUGGUAUUUUUUUGUGCCAAGAGAAAGGAAGCAUGGAGACGGAGGGAGACCAAGCAGGAUAACUGAGAAAGGAUAUUGGAAAGCAACUGGGUCUGAUCGUAAGAUCAUAAGCUCGUCUGAGCCAAAACGUAUGAUUGGGCUCAAGAAGACUCUUGUGUUCUACACAGGAAGAGCACCAGGAGGAACCAAGACUGAUUGGGUCAUGAACGAGUUCCGGAUGCCUGAUAACCUCACCUUACCAAAGAACGUUGUGCUUUGCAAGAUAUAUAGAAAAGCCACUUCACUUAAAGUAUUGGAGCAAAGAGCAGAGAUGGAAGCUAAGAUGAAUCAAACACGCCCAAGCUCUCCUCUCUCGUCUUCGGAGACGAAUUCUUUAGCUGGAAAGGAGGAAGACGUGAUGAUGACCUCGUUCCCUUUUCCUCAAGCAGAAGCCAUGAAACAACCAAACCACAUCUUAAUGCUUCAAGAGCAUAACGAAAAUGCUAAGAACAAAGAGAAACAGAGAGAAGCCGAGAGAAAACAACCUUCUUCAUCACUGAAACUGCCAUCUGGGGUCUUACCAAUACCCGAGCUGCAGCUACCUAAACAAGGAUUCGAAUUGGGACAAGACCAGUUCUUGAGUAUAAGCCCAUGGCUGCAGAAUCUUACACCUAUAAUCAACCUAUUAUAUUUUUAGUUAUGCGUCGAAGAAUCUCGUACUAAGAUUUAAUUAUUCUUCAGUGUUAUCCUCCUUCACCAGCGAAAUACAGAACUUUUCGGAUGUAAGAUGUUUGGCCUUAGCUUAAGAGUUACCAAUAGUAGUAAGUGACUCAUACGGAUAUAAAAAUUUACAAAAUAAUCAAAUUAUAUGUAUUUAGUGUGUAUUUUCAUUUGUUGAUCAAUUUAAAAUUAUUUUAUAC